UCGAUCCCUAGCAAACCUGCCUAUAACUACUAUCCUUCUCGCCUCUGGUUUCUUCAUUCUUGAAGCAAGUCGAAAGAAGAGAUCAAGCGUCAUCAGAGUUCACUUUGUUUCUCCUCUGUUUUCUCUGAACCUGUCAUGAUCCUCCCGUUGCUCCUGCCUGCUAGCCUCGCGCUUCAAAUCUGCCAUUGCCAUACCAUGCCUGUCACCUCCAAGAACCAGAGAUUGCUGGAUUACUGAUUAACCAGCUGAUCCCAGAACAAGAGAUUGCUGAGUAUCCAAUCAGUGUGGUUGUAGCACAGAUCGAGGUUGCUAAGCUAGAUCCUGCAGCUUUUCGUGCACCAGUGCACGUACGAGCCAUGCAGGACGGUACUACAGGAGAAGGGGGCAUCCAUUUGCUCCUGAGCAUCCUGGCUGAGGGCGAGGAGCAGGCGAGGCAGCUCGGCGAGAUGCCUGACGACGACCCGCCGUCCCGAGCGGUGUACGACUACAGGGGCGCGGCGCGGCGGCUGCAGUGCACGCUCGGGAAGGCGGUGUCCGUCGCGAAGGCCAUCGAGGCCGCGUCGGGGUCGUCGCGGGGCACCGACCGCUCCGACUCGCCACGGUCGGCGGACGAGAGCUCGGUCGGGACGGCGAUGGACGCGCAGGAGCGCCAAGGCGUGUGCAAGAGAAGGAAAGGUCUGCCAAGAUGGGCCGCCAAAUUCCGAGUGCCAGAUGCAAACUUGGAGGCCACCCCUGAGGAUGGGUUCAGCUGGAGGAAGUACGGCCAGAAGGACAUACUCGGUGCCAAGUAUCCUAGGGGUUACUACCGGUGCACUUACCGCGCCACGCAGGGGUGCCCCGCCACGAAGCAGGUGCAGCGUUCGGACUCCGACAUGUGUGUCUUCGAUGUCACGUACCAGGGCGCGCACACCUGCCACCAGAAGCAGCGGCAGGCCGCCGCGGCGGUGACCGCGCACGACAUCAGCCAGCCGCCGCCGCCGCCGCCGCAGCAGCAGCCGCAGGAUCCGAGCAUGGAGCUGCUCACGGGCUUCAAGGACUGCCUGAAGGUGGAGACCACAGAGGGGCCGCGUCACGACCACGACGACGGCGCCGCCUCUGCGCCACCCGCUUCCUUCUUCUUCCCCUCCGUGCCUUUCCACGCUGGCGUGGCGCCGGACGACGCCGCGGCGCGCUUCUCCUCGCCGGCCGAGUCAAGCUACUUCUCUGCGCCGCACUGCCCGGGAGGCAGGUACGACUACGGCACGGGCGUGUUUAUGCGCGGGCCGGAGUCGGAGCUCGGCGAGGUCGUCUCCAGGGCGACCGCCCCCACGGCGGACCUCUCCGCCGCUGGGUUCGACUCCUCGCUCUACCACCUUCACCCCGAGCUCGACCCGAACCUGCCGUUUGCACCGUUCGGCGGCCCUUACCAGUAGGAAAUCAAAGCGUGACGCGGCAUGAUCGGAUCCUGAGCUCGACACGUCUCGCUUCGUCACGAGGAUUUUGCUUGGGUUUCUACUAGAUUUGAUCUCUUGCCACCUUAGCUGGCGAUUAGUCCCUAGUCCAGAAGACUUGUUCCUUUUGUUUUGCUUACUGAUUACUUUGAGCAUUGCACUUGUUGCAACUUGCAAGAGGAUUACGGUCCAUAAAUAUAUAGAGUGAUGAUA